AAGGGAAGGGAAGUACUUCAGGCGGUCCAGUCCUGCACCAGUCGGAUGGGCUAGAGACUGCUUUGGCUGCUCAUACAGCCUAACAAGUGCUCACCAGAUGUUUUAGACUGGGGCUGUCGUCCAAAACAUCUGGAAGGUACCAAGGGACUAAGCAGAAGGGCUUGCAGAAUCUCACCAAAGGUAUCCGUGAGCAGCCUUUCCCUGGCUGGGCCCCAGCAACUGGCAGUCUGCAGGAGGUGUUGCGGCAGCCUGAAUACUAUCCAUAUGGAGAUGCACCAAUGUUCGAGGGCACCUUUGUGCAGGUAACCAAGAGGGGUGAAUACGUUGGCAUCCACGACCAGCCCAAUGUAAUCACCAUGGGUGUUUUAGCCAGCAGCCCAUCUCUACCACUUCCUGACCAGAUGAUCAUGGCCCAAGUAAAGAAAGGUGUCAAAAUCACAAAGGCAAAGGUGAAAGACCUGGAGAUCACUCGGUUGAUCCCUCUACACCUGGUGAAGAUUUUUGUGCAUAACGUGGAUGAGCGACAGCUGAAAGUAAAGUUGGCAACAGGGCAAAUAUAUUAUCUGCAACUCUGUACCCCCAAAGGGGAUAACUUCCUCUUUGAGCGCUGGAUUCGCCUUGCUUACAUGUUGCACGAGGCCAGCGGCAGGAUCAGUGCUCCAGUCAGCUUCACCUCGAAGGAAUCGGGGCUUCACACGAUACGGACGAGUGCUAGCUUGCAUGCUACAUCUGAGAAGAUUUUCCCCAGAAAGGGUGAGUCUGAAUUAAAUAGGGAAGAAAGACAGGCUGAUGUUUCAGUGGCUGCUGGACCUUCUGAAGUGGGUGCCAAGUCAAUGGCAGCUGGCCCAUCCAGACCAACCAGUCAGCCAGCUCAAAUGACUUCUGAGAAACCUGCAGCCGCAGUUGCUCCUUCUGAGCCAGGGAGUCGGGGCCAGGAAAGUGCCGCACAUUCACAGACAGCAAAUGUGAAAUCCCAGGAGCCUAGCAAGGCACAGAGUACCAGGCCACAGACGCCUUCAAGCCGCUCCCCAAAGAAGGGGCGCUCCACUUCUUGGAGCCCAUCACGGAAGGAAAAGAAGUCUGGGCUACAAGUCCACAGGACAACAGCAUCAGUAGCAGUGGGGCCUUCUCAACAAGGCUGGAAGACUGUGGGUGUGGGGCCCUCCAUGGUGGUUGGCCUGAUUACAAGCAGGCCCCAGAGCGGAGCACUGGGAACAGAUAAAGAAAGUAAAGAACUAGCCAAGCAGAUCCAGCCAAGCAGUGCUGCAGGGAAACAGGAACCCCCCAGGAGCCAGAUGUCCAAGAACAAACUGAAAAAGGCUCUGAGUUCAGCUCGACAAACAAGCAGCCUUACUUUUGGAACCAUCUAUAGUGUCCUGUCCUCAUCUAUGGAGAAACUGAAACUGUCAAAAAGCAGGGAAGAUUCUAAGCAGGUGGCUGUCAAGCCUUCCAAACGUGUAACAAUCUCAGGCGUGAUUGGCCCAUCAGGGAAAAGUGUCCCGGAGGAGAAGGAGGAGGAAGAAGAGGCAGGGAAUCCUGAGCUCCACACAGUUGACAAUCUGAGGAUGGAUGCAGGCUCCAGUGCAGCAGCUAUGAUGGGGACAGAUACAGACCGCCCACCCCCACAGUCCCACGCUUCAAUGGGAGAAGGAGCCCCUGAGGCAAAGAGUCCUGCAGUUGGGGGUGGCAACUCAGAAGCAGCUGAAUUCUCAAGGCCAGGCAGCCAGAUCAUUGCCAGGGAGCCUGGUGUGGCAAACGUGACUUCCCAGAAGUCUGACCAGAUCAAGGAUGUGGGACAGCCCAGCACUCCCCGCCUGGAGGAUCAGGGUUGCCAGGUCUCCGGUUUCCUGCUGGAGUCUCAGGGGAAAAGGGGCCGUCUCCGGCGUUUAAAAAGGUGGAUCUCCUGCUUUUCAGCGGCCCCCUCAGCCACGCAUGCGUGAUUGACACACGCAUACGUUGGGCUGUGGCUGGCCGCCUUCCCGCCCUUUCUCAGUCAGCCGGGGACUGCAGACACAGGAGGACGAAGCGGCUGCCAGCAGGUGCCUCAAGAAGACUCGAGCUGCCGCCGUCAUUGCAUGGAAGCUGCCUUGGCACUGGGUCGACAAGCCGAAAGGAGUUCA